UUUUUCUAGAGCGACCGUGACUUUCCUCUCUGGACGCCGCGGUUUUGAAUGAGGGUGCUCAGGGCCUGCUCAGUGAGCAGUCACGUGGCAUCUGAGCUACUCGCAGUGUCUUUCUGCAUAUUCGCGCUACAGACGUUCGUACUCACGGGAGCAAGAAUCGGUGCUUUCAUUCUAGAUGCAAAACACAAGAGUCAGAGAGGCUUCCGGUACAAGCCCGAACCCAAAUGAACCUUGGAAGAUAGGCUGGCGGAUCAACCAGCAAUGGUUAAAAAGAACCGAA